AUGACAGCCGGUACAGUGGUCAUCACUGGAGGAAUCCUCGCAACUGUUAUCUUACUCUGCAUCAUCGCAGUACUGUGCUACUGUAGACUGCAGUACUACUGCUGUAAGAAGGAGGAGUCAGAGUCGGAGGAGGAGGAGCCAGACUUUGCUGUGACGUCCCGCCUCCCUCCGGUGCACUCCAAUCACAACAUUGUGGCGGCCUCGGCCGCCGUCUCCUCCGCCCCAAACGGGCCCGCCCUUUUCCCACCGCCGCCAGCGCGGAAGCUGACGCGCUCACAGACCUUCUGCCCGUCCUGCACCCACUAUGAGCUGCCGUUCUACCUGCAGCAGCCGGAGGGCCUGCGGAACGGCGGCGAGCGCGUCAGCUACCGUAGCGUCCAGCAACACGACCUGGACCCCCUGCCCCACCCUCUGCCUCACCAGCUGCCCCUCCGUGUGCCCCUUCCCGUAGACCUGCCCAGCUACCACAAGCUCAACCUCACCCGCUCUGUCACCAUGAGGGACAUGUUCACGCGCAGCUGCAGCAUUAGCACUGAUGUGUAG